CCAACUUCAAACCACAUUUUUAACUCUUCACAGCUCUAUCAUAUUCAACUCCUCCAUUCUCUCUCCAACUCCUUAACAAACAAAACAAAACCACCCUCUAAUACACCAGCUAGCUAGCAUGGGAAGAUAUAGGCGUACGGUCUCAUUUCCAAACCCGCCGACGCCGAAUAUCCGGGCCAACCGGCCCGCAGCCAAGGGCUACCACGUCCGAUCGGCCUCGCUCCCGUGCGGCCGAUCCCACCCGCUGAUCCCGCAGCUCCGCGAUGAGGUUGCGGAGCUCGGGACUUGGGAGAUGGCUCGGUCCGGGCCACGAUCGGGCCAGCUCGUAGACGGGCUGGCCCGGUUGAAGAGUGUCCUAGACUCCCUAGACGAUGUACUACAGCUGCCGCAGACCCAGGAUUUUCUGUCCUCAAAAACUGACGUGGUUGAGAAACUUUUAGAAGAUUUCCUUCGAUUUGUUGACGUCUACGGGAUUUUUCAGGCCUCCUUGUUGGGCCUUAAGCAGGAGGUUUCGGCUGCCCAAGUCGCCCUCCGCAGGAAGGACGACUCUAAGUUGGGUCUCUACAUGAAGGCCCAAAAGAAGAUUGCUAGUGAAGUCGGCAAGCUACUCUCGGCCGUUGGCUCUGUCCCACAGCAGCUGCCGGUGGUCACUAGUGCUGUUGUCGUGGUAUCGGACUACGACCAUGAACUAGGGCCCGUCAUCAGAGAUGUGCACCGGCUAACGGCCUCGGUUUCUGAGGCGGUCUUCGGCUCCGUGUCGGGCUGUUAUGGGCCGGGCCGAAGGUGGGCAGGUUUCGGGCUUGGGUGGAGGGUGAAGAAGGAAGAACAAGGGGUGAUUGAGGAGUUUCAAAAGGUGAUAGGAGGAGUGGAGAGUUUGUUGGAGAUGAGAAAAAAUAUUAAGGGAGAUAAGAAGAAACAUAAUAAUGAGGAGGAGAUUUUGAGAAUGGGAGUAUUAAAGGGGAUGCAAGAGUUGGAGGAUUGUAUUGGAGACAUGGAAAAACAAAGUGAGAGAGUGUUUAGGAGUUUGAUUAGCACAAGAGUCUCUCUUCUUAACAUCCUAACUCAUGCAUAAAUCUCUUUCAUAUCAAUUGAACUGAAAAUGACACUAGUAACUAAUUUUCUUUGUUUUUUCUCUUAUUAUUUUUGGAGAGUAUAAGAAAGUAUAAAAGGAUGAAAAAUGAAAGAGUUGGAAAAAAAAAAAAAUUAAUGCAAAGUCCAUACUUUCAGUUUUCUUUUUGCCCUUUUUCCUCCCUUGUAAAGUAUUCUUUUAUACAUAGACAUAAUGUAUACAUAUUUCUCUCAGUUCAAACUUUUA